UAUGAGGGCUGGGGAUGGCUAAGGCACACCUGAGAAUUUAAUUCACUUCAUUACCAGCUGCCAGAGGAGACAUGACAGAGGAGAAGAACGGCGUCUACUCGGAGUCCCCGGAUCCACCCGAGUACCCGGGACCACGCAUGGGGGACAGAGCGGAGCUGAACGGGGAUCAGGCGGCGAAAUGCAGCCCCAACCUGCUGCAGAUGUUGAAGGCAGCGGAGAACAGGCGGACACCUCAGAGCCGGGACAGAAACGGGGACGACGCAUCCGAGUGCGGGACGGGAGAGCCGGUUACUGAAGCUCUGAAGGCUGACAUGCAAAUACAGCUCACGGACCAGAAGCAAGAAUUCAACAAACGCUCCACCAAGACUGCUCAUCGCUCCCUGUCUCGAUCCAUCUCACAGUCGUCCACCGACAGCUUCAGUUCAGUGUGCAGCGAGAGCUCCGAGGAUGAGUCUUCUCCCAAAGAUAAACUUCAAAACACCACCCAAGGCCUGUCAGACUUCUGCAUCAAAAACAUCAAAAAGGCCGAUUUUGGACGCAGAGAAAUACAAAUGGCUGAACAAGAGAUGCCAGCACUGAUGAUCCUGAGGAAAAGAGCAGGUGGGGAGAAACCGCUGGCUGGAGCCAAAGUAGUGGGCUGCACGCACAUCACUGCACAGACAGCGGUGAUGAUUGAGACUCUGGCUGCGUUGGGGGCUCAGUGUCGCUGGGCGGCCUGCAACAUCUUCUCCACUCAGAACGCUGUGGCUGCAGCUCUGGCUGAAGGAGGCACCGCAGUGUUCGCAUGGAGAGGAGAGUCAGAGGACGACUUCUGGUGGUGUAUUGAUCGGUGUGUUGGUGCUGACAUCUGGCAGCCCAACAUGAUUCUGGAUGAUGGCGGCGACUUGACCCACUGGAUCUACAAGAAAUACCCAAGCCUGUUCAAGAGUAUUAAAGGCAUUGUGGAGGAAAGCGUCACAGGCAUCUAUCGGCUGUACCAGCUGUCGAAGGCCGGCAAACUGUGUGUCCCCGCCAUGAACGUUAAUGACUCCGUGACCAAGCAGAAAUUUGACAACCUCUACUGCUGCAAGGAGUCCAUACUGGACGGGUUGAAGCGAACCACUGACGUCAUGUUUGGAGGAAAACAGGUGGUGGUGUGCGGCUACGGUGAGGUCGGUAAAGGUUGCUGCGCUGCCCUGAAAGCACUGGGUACUGUUGUGUACGUCACAGAAGUGGAUCCCAUUUGUGCCCUUCAGGCCUGCAUGGACGGCUUCAGAGUGAUUAAACUGAGUGAGAUAAUCAGACAAGUGGACAUGGUCAUCACCUGCACAGGUAAUAAGAACGUGGUGGUCAGAGAACAUCUGGACAAAAUGAAGAAUGGCUGCAUAGUCUGCAACAUGGGACACUCCAACACUGAGAUAGAUUUGGCGAGUCUGAAGACGGCAGAGCUGAGGUGGGAACGGGUGAGGCCUCAGGUGGACCACAUCAUCUGGCCUGAGGGUAAAAGAAUCGUCCUGCUGGCUGAGGGUCGUUUGCUCAAUCUGAGCUGCUCCAUUGUGCCGUCAUUUGUCCUCUCCAUCACAGCCACAACCCAGGCUUUGGCUCUCAUAGAGCUGUACAACGCUCCAGAGGGACGAUACAAACAGGACGUCUACCUGCUCCCAAAGAAGAUGGAUGAAUACGUGGCCAGUCUCCACCUGCCGACGUUCGAGGCUCAUCUCACCGAGCUGACUGAUGACCAGGCCAAGUACCUCGGCAUCAGCAAACACGGACCCUUCAAACCCAACUAUUACAGAUAUUAACCUCUUCAGAUGUGCCUUGUGGACGGACGGAGCACUACUGCCCUCUACAGUCUGAAGCUCACUAAGUACUAUGGUGUGACGGGGACCCUAUCAAUGUUUUGUUCACUGAUAAUUACACGUGUAUGAAGUUGUAUCUGUUUUAUGUGUAACACUGUCCUAUAAGUGUUCACAGGAUUUGGAACACGACCACUGUACUUUCUAGAUCAAAUAUUUGAAAUAAAAAGAGUUCUGAAUGGGAGGGUUUUAUUCUUCUGCUUGAAAUAAAAGUGACCAGUAAAAGG